UGGUCUUAUCGAUGAGGCUCUGGGCCUGCUCCUCCAUCCAUUUCUGAUAGUAGUCCUUGACGUUCUCCUUGUGCUUGCGGCCCUCGCAGUGCGUUUUGCGGACGGACGGGGAGUCGUGGGUGAGGAUGUCAGGAUUUUUAGAUAACAUCAGAUGUCCAGAAUGUGAAUGUAUUGAUUGGAGUGAGAAACGAAAUGCCAUUGCAUCCAUAGCUGCUGGUGUGUUGUUUUUCACAGGCUGGUGGAUUAUCAUUGAUGCUGCUGUGAAGUACCCUGAUAUGGACAGAUUCAACCAUUCUUACCAUACCUGCGGUGUUAUAGCAACACUUGCAUUUCUCAUGAUAAAUGCUGUUUCAAAUGGACAAGUCCGUGGAGAUGGCUACAGUGAAGGCUGUAUGGGUCAGACAGGUGCUCGAAUCUGGUUGUUCAUUGGAUUUAUGUUGGCAUUUGGAUCUCUUAUUGCAUCUAUGUGGAUUCUUUUUGGAGGUUAUGUAGUCCCACAAAAGGCUGAUGUUUACCCUGGUAUAGCUGUCUUCUUCCAAAAUGCAUUUAUCUUCUUUGGGGGUCUAGUCUUCAAGUUUGGGCGCACAGAGGAUCUGUGGCAGUAAAUAUCCAAGAAAUGCAGUGUAUUUGAACACUUUCAUUAUCCUGUAGCUGUCUUCCUAUAUUUGUUUGAAUUUCCUUUCUCACUGAGUUUACAUACCAUAACUCUACAACUUACCCUUAAAUUUGUCACAUAUUUGACUUUGUAAUAGAAAUAUAGCUUGCUUUUAAAGGUGCAUUAUCAGGAUGGAUGAUAUAACUGAAAGAUGAAGUUGGAACAGAAUUCAAAAUUAUUGCAGAUUGAAGCAUAGCAUGAACCUUUAAAGAUGGAUGGGAAUUUCCUGGCAAGCUUAGUUGGUAAGUUGCACCACAGUUUCACUGGUUUUCAUAUUAAUCCUCCUGCUGCAAUCUUUCAUAUUUUCCUCAGAAAUUGUUCUUCCUAAUACUCUCACAGAAGUUGGUAGAGGUGUGACCAAGGAUAUGUCACAAAGCUGCUUAACAAUUGGGAAUGCCUUGUGGAACUGCUUUGCAAUUUUGAAUAGAUUGAGUGGAGACCAGGAGCCUGAGUCAGUAAAAUGGAGAUAAGCAGAAGAAAACAGUGAGCCAAGGUGGGAAUAAGUUCUUGAUUGGGGAAACCAAGUUAUGAAUAGUCUUGCCUGGCUAAGAGUCAUGCAAGUCAUGAAGGAGGCUGUUGUGAUUGACAUCAGGCCCACUAGCACUGGGAUUUCUUGACUUAACCAGGUAUCACAAGAAAACCAUCAUGAAGCUAGGUAGUUUGUACUUCCAAUUGUUUCAAAUUGGAGAGAGUUUCAACUCUUCAAAAGGUGUGAACUGGUUAUGCCACAUAAUAUUUUCCUCCUGAUUUUUGGACUGAAAAACCACAUUAUGACAUAAAUAGAUCAUAUUUGUUAUGAUGGAGACUUGCAGGAAAUUCCCAUCCAAUGUAUGUUAAAUGUAGAAGACUUCUGUAUAUAAAAGAAUAAUUUGUACUGCACCUUGCAUGAUGUUUUAGUGCUUUGCAAUUAAGUAUUUUUGCAAUCCAGUCACCAUUGCUGUAUGUUUAUCUAUUAACCAAGGUUCCAUAAAUAAUGAGUGAAGAUUUUGCAUUUUUCAACUUGAAACUGUGGUGAUGUGCUGAUCAUCUACACCAUCUUUGAUAUUGCAAAGAUGUCAUAAGUUGUAGAGAGUCCUGAUAAAGGCCUCAUUGACUUUAGUUCUAUCUCGCUCUCCCCCAUUUUCCAGUUGCUUAAGUCCAUUUAUGAAUUCAGUAUAAAGCAAAUAGCAACAGAAUUUCAUUAAGUAACAGAACAAAUGAGUUGAAUGGAGAUGUAGUUGGUUUUGUAUUACAAUACUGUACAUUAUUAUUAAGUGACUGUGUCUAAAUAGGUAUUUGUUGAAGACACCACUGGGGAUUGAAUAAGCAGUGUUGACAUCCUUCAAAUUGCAGCCACUUAAGCAAGACUUGCAAAUAAACAAAGUUGGCAGUCUUGUCCACUAUUAGCCAUGAUGAAAAAAAAUAAAAUUCUGGAAGUGGUCAGCAGGUUGAGCAACAUCAGUGGGGACAGGAAAAGAGCCACAUUCAAGCCCAGGGCCCCUGUCUUUGUUUCCAAUUUCCAGCAUCUGCACUUUUUUUUAAUGCUCCAUUUAGCCAUGAUCCUGAUUAUUGCGCAGUGAGUAGGUAGUUAGUCACUUUGCUAUCCUGUUCCAUUUCUCAUUUUUAAAAACUAGUGCAAAAGGUUAGCAAUGCUGCUUUUUUGUAUAUUCCUCUUUUGUACAUAAUUUAGUUUUGCACAGAAAUGCAAUGCAAACUUAAGUUUAAUGCAAUUAUCAAUGACCUUUCUCUUGGCAAGUUAUCAUGAAGCUGAAUUAUGUAUUUUAAUGACUUGCUAUUUUGUGUAAUUGAUAUUUAAUUUGUGUUGAUGUAUACAUGCUGUGUAACAGUUACUGAGUAUUGUUAAAAAUCAGUUCGAUUAAAGCCAAAUUUCAAA